AUGGUGGACGCCUACCAAAAGCUCGAAAAAAUCGGCGAAGGCUCCUACGGUGUUGUAUAUAAGGCAAAGCAUCGUCUUUCUGGCGCGCUUGUUGCGCUCAAAAAAAUCCGCCUCGAAUCUGAAGACGAAGGUGUCCCCGCCACUGCAAUCAGGGAAAUUUCGAUUUUGAAGGAAUUGGAUCAUGACAGUGUUGUAAAGUAUCCCAUUGCAUGUUUACCCUUUAGGUUACAUGAUGUGGUUCAUCACAAUUCAAAGCUUUACCUUGUGUUUGAGUAUUUGGAUUUGGAUUUGAAGAGAUAUAUGGAUUCCAUCCGUGCUUCGGGCGGCAUGAAAAUGGACCAAAUUAAGUGCUACCUGUAUCAGCUGAUAUCCGGCAUUUAUGCGUGCCACAGUCGAAGGGUGCUGCAUCGCGAUUUGAAGCCUCAAAAUUUGCUAAUAGAUCGAGAGGGCUCCUUGAAGAUAGCCGAUUUCGGCCUGGCCAGGGCAUAUGGCAUUCCGAUGCGCACAUUUACGCACGAGGUGGUUACGUUGUGGUAUAGAGCCCCAGAGAUCCUUCUAGGGGAUAAGCAUUACACCACGGCGAUGGAUAUUUGGAGCAUUGGUUGCAUUUUUGGCGAAAUGGUUCUUCAAAGCCCCCUGUUCCCCGGGGAUUCCGAAAUAGAUGAGCUUUACAAGAUAUUCCGGUACAUCAUGUUUAUUGAUUUUAGAAUUCUCGGAACCCCUUCCGAGGAGAGCUGGAAUGGCGUGUCCACACUGCCCGAAUACAAAACACUAUUCCCCCAAUGGCAUCCCCAAGCGUUGUCAAAAGUUUUGCCCCAACUGGACAUUUAUGGGCUUGAUCUUUUAUCGCGAAUGUUGCAAUUUGACCCGGCAAAACGAAUCUCUGCCAAACAGGCACUGCAGCAUCCGUUUUUCAACGAUAUCAACAUCCAAAGCUCAAGUUUUGCCGAAUCCACCAGCAUGCUUUCGGAAAAUGGUGCGGCAUUUUCAUUUAAUCGACUAGUUAAAACCGCUAACCACUCUGCCCCCAACGGCAGCUAUAAAGCCGGAAAACACAUGGCAGCUGAAACGGUUGCAUCCGACUGGACAUAG